GUUAUUGUACCUUGUGUAUGAUAUUGAUAACUACUAACAAGUAACCACAAGUCCAGAACGCAUAUAAGGUUAAAAGACUUGUGCAUCCGAAGACAAUAAUAAGAUCAUCAGUUCACCGUGCCAGACUUCAUUUUUGUUUAAUCAACACAUAUAGUAAACGUUCUUGUAAUAAUUCCAAGCCAUAAACAUUGGUUCUAGAAUUAUUAUUUUUUCAUAAGCAUAUAUACAAAUAUAUAUUUAGUGUUUUUACACGCAUGAGUAAUAAUAACAACAACAAAAAAGGUGAAACAAGAAUUUUCUUAAAGACAAAGGCGCCGUAUAUCAUGGAAAUCAAAGGAACAUUGAAAUUCCAGUUUUUUAUCAUACUCGAUCUCUUUUUCUGAUCCAUGAGUACACCUAAAGAAAUAAUAUUAUCCACCUAAUAAAUUCUACCAAAUGGUAAAAUAAUAAAUCACAAGUUUCGCAUUGUAAACUUGAGUGCCUGUUUCUUUCUAGUUGUAGACGUUCUUUACAAACUUAGCGUAGUUUAUAAUAUGUCAUUGAUUUUCUACAGAUGUUUUAGUCAGCAAGAUUACACGAUAUAUUUUAAAGAAUGCUAUAUGAGACUACAUGUUGUAUUCUAUACUUCUUACUGAAGGAAAUUAAAGCAUACAGACAUAUUAGGAGCGGGGACCAAUGUGGAGAGAAAGAUUGAUCAUAUUCUCUGUCCUAACGAAAAGGAUAAAGAUGUUAAACAUUUGUUUAUGUAGAUAUCAUAUUCAAAAACUCGUUUCAUGCAUGGGUCACACGGUCAUUAUUUAUUAGACUACAAAAUCAUGAUCGUUCACAUCAGUUUACAUGAAUUUCUUUCAUUAAAAUAUCCAUUAAUGCGUAUGAUGUGUCAGUUUAUGUAGAUUAGAGACAAUUGAUUUGCAUUAAUGAGAAAAUUGACAUAAUUAUUAGAUAUUAUAUAAUUUGUGCUUUUAAAACAAGAAAGAUACACGUUCACAUCAACGAUGUCAAUGUAGUCAAUGUUUAAGACCUAGUUCUAAUAUUGUUUUUUGGUUAAAACAUAAAAGUGAAAGAGUUCAAAGAUCAAGAUGGUUAAUCAGAUUAUAAUAGCGUGAAUGAAUCACAUUAUAUAUGCAAUAUAUAAAGAAAAACUAACUUUGUCAUUUCUUAAAUAACAAUGAUAUUACUUACUGGAAUCAAUGACUCUAAUAGUUAAUGUAGAUAAGCUUUUACCUUGCGUCUACAUGAGGAAAGCAAAAGAUUCAAUCUUCUGGAAUCAACAUUGGAUAGAUCAUGCAAUCAAGAACAAAAUAUUCAAACAGAUACUUGCUUUCCCUUAUGGUUUUUAAGAUCCUAUAAAUAAUAAACUUAAUAUAUCUACAAGCUAAACAAACAAAAAAAAGAAAGAAAAAAGCUUUAGGUGAGUUUGCUUCAACAUGAAACAAUGGAUGCUCAAAAAAAGCAUAACAUUGCUUGUUAAAGCAACCAAAUACUAACCAAGUUUUUUUUCCCUAUUAUUAUAUUUACUACACCAAUCACCACCACACCUUCCCUCACUCUUCUUCCAAGUAAAGUUAUCAACCAAAAUUUACAGAGAGAGAGGAAGAAGAGUGCUCUGCUACACAAUGGAGGAGAUUGUUGUGGAGAGUCUUCUUAGAGGUAGCAGAGAGGCUCAAAUAGAAGCAGCUAUUGAGCUAAGCAAUCUAAGCAGGAAGCAAAGGCAAAAAGUUUCAGAAAGAGACAUUAUUUCUCCUUUGCUCUCAAUGUUACAAUCUCAAGAUUCUAUCACAACAGAAGUUUCUCUAUCUGCAUUACUCAGCCUUGCCUUUGGCAGUGAAAGGAACAAAGUUAGAAUUGUGAAAGCUGGAGCAGUCCAAAUGUUGCUAGAGAUUCUUCAGACAGAAUCUAAGAUGGUAAUAGUUGAACUGGCCAUGGCCUUUCUUCUGAUCCUCUCUUCUUGUAACAGAAACAAGACCAAGAUAGCAUCAACCAAGUUGAUUCAGCUACUAGUUGGACUCAUCGGGCUCGAUCAACUAACGGUUCAGGCCAAGCUUGAUGGCAUAGCAACACUACACAACCUAUCAACUCUCCAACAGAUUAUUCCUCUCGUUGUAUCUUCAGGAGCACCCUACGCUUUGCUUCAAAUGAUCAACUCUUGUGAUAAAUCCUCUGAACUGGCUGAAAAGGCAGCAUCAUUGCUCGAAAACAUAGUUCAUCAUUCACCAGAAUCGAUCUCAGGCAUCGGUGGAGCAAUAGAGGUUCUGGUGGAAACCAUUGAAGAAGGGUCGGGUCAAUGCAAAGAGCACGCGGUGGGGAUAUUACUCGGUGUGUGCAGCUUUGAUAGAGAGACGAACAGAGGAAUGAUACUGAGAGAAGGAGUGAUGCCAGGGCUACUUCAAGUGAGUGUAGAUGGGACGAGGAGGGGUAAAGAAAUGGCUAGAGAGCUGUUGCUUCUGCUGAGGGAUUGCUCUGGCUAUGUUAUUAAAGAUAAACAGUCGAAGAUUGAGAUUGUUGAGCAGAUUAUGAGGGAGAUUGAUCAAGAAGGUGAGAGGAUACCUGGAACUAUGUUGAAGUUGGUGGAAGAGAUGAUCUCCAAACUCAGCACAUAGUUACUUGUGGUUUGAAUCCAUGGUCUUGUAUAUAUUUAAGCCAUGUACUUUGUGUUCCCCAUAAAGAAAAUCUUCUUCUUAGGAAUAAUUGUUACAUCUUAUUGCUUUUGAUCUCACUGAUGAUUUCAAACC